CGUGGAACAUGUUGGCUUGCUUAUCUGUUCCCUCAAUUACAGCACAGGUUGUUGGAGCUAUAAUUGUAGUUUGUCACUUAUCUUGCAGGCACAGUAAUAACACCAAGCUGUCGCGGAUGCAUUUCUUUUUGGGAGAUGCUUCAGAGGAUAAGAAGUGCAAUGUUCAAGCGCCUUGAUCACGCACUAGUGCAAUGUCUUCCGAAACUAGUGCGGUGAAGACUCUGGACGAAGUCGAGAAGAACUCGCAGCUCGAGACCUACGACGAAAAGCUCGGGUUAGACGCACUCGAUACUUCUGACGGUGAUGCGGCUCUUCAGCUCGUCGGCGCACGAGCAACGGCACACUUCAGUGAGGAGUAUAACCGAAAGCUCAGGCGCAAGCUGGACCUGGUCAUCCCCACCAUUUCAGCGGCUGUCUAUUUCAGUCAAUAUUUGGACAAGACCUCACUGAACUAUGCGAGUAUCAUGGGCUUCCCGAUCGUUGGCCAGAACUACAACUUGGUAUCCAUGGCUUUCUACCUGGGUUACCUUUUUUGGGAGUUUCCGACCGUCUAUAUCUCUCAGAAACUUCGAUUGGCCAAAUAUCUCGGCGGCAACAUUGUUGUGUGGGGAAUAAUCCUCAUGUUGCAUGCCUCCACAAACAACUUCGGAGCCUUCUUUGCUCUCAGAUUCCUUCUGGGAAUGUGCGAGUCUUGUGUCACACCGUGUCUCAUUCUCAUCAUCUCGAUGUUCUACAAGAAGGAUGAACAGGCUAAACGUAUUUCAUGGUUCUACAUCAUGAAUGGCCUAACCCAAGUGUUCGGUGGUUUCGUGGCAUACGGUAUCUCAUUCGAUAGCGGCAAGGUUUUACCACCCUACAAAAUCAUUUAUAUACUACUUGGUGCUCUUGCGAUCGUUAUUGGCAUAGUCGUCUUGAUAUGGCUACCAGACUCCCCAGUCAACGCUUCCAUGCUGACGAGGGAGGAGCGUAUUGCUGCUCUUGAACGUGUUCGGAACGAUCAAGGAGGUACGGAGAACAAGAAAUUCAAGAAGGACCAGGUCAUCGAAGCCCUCACGGACCCUCGCACAUGGCUAGUUGUUUUGUCAACGAUAUUGACGAGUAUCCCCAACGGAGCUUUGAGUAACUUCAGCAACAUUAUCAUCAAAAGCUUCGGAUAUACAUCAAAGCAAACCCUGAUUCUUUCCACUCCUGGGGGAGUUAUUGGUUCCGCGAUGGUGAUUUUCUGUGGAUGGUAUUCUGACAAGAAGGGCGAGCGGAUGAUCCCCAUCGUGUUUGCAUUGAUUCCUACAAUUGUCGGCGCAGCCAUCCUUAUUGGCCUGAACGGAUCCUCCAACAAGGGUGUUCUGCUCUUUGCGACAUACAUCAUCGGUACCUUUGGCAGCGCUCUCUCCACGAUUUACGCAUACAACGCAAGUAACACCAGUGGCCAUACCAAGAAGGUGACGAUUAAUGCAAUGACGAUGGCCACUUUCAGCAUUGGCAAUAUUAUCGGGACCGAGAUAUUCCAGCCUAAAGAUGCGCCAGCCUAUAUUCCAGGAAAGACAGCGAUCAUGGUCUUGUUGAUCGUUCAAUUGUUCAUUUCGUUUUUACUACGCUGGAUCAAUGUCCGAUUGAACAGAAAGCGGAAAGCCCAGCUGGCGGAAGAAAAGGCGCGCCGAGGUUGGACUGAUGAUGAUGUGCAAAAGGAAAGAGAGCGUCACGCAUUUGCUGACCUCACUGAUAGGCAGAACAUUUUCUUCACAUACAUAUGUUAAUAAGUGUAUAAAUCUGUCAAUGUAUUUCUGAGUAUAUGGACCGUCUGUGUCUACAUUAUCAAAGAGACUUUGAACUUCUCCACAAAGCCAAAGAGGUUUAUCCGACGGCAGUAAGCGG